GAGUUUUAUGGGGUUAUUUAGGUUCUCUCUCUCUCUCUCUCUCUCUCUCUCUCUCUCUCUCUCUCUCUCUCAAAACGGGUAAAUAAAUAAAAUAAUGUAAAUAGCGUAGUGUAAAUAAAAUCCCCAACGAAAUACCAAAAGAAAAUGUAAAUAAAUAAGCGUAAAUAAAUAAAAUAGCAAAUAAACGUGUGUAAAUAUCAUUAGGUCCGUCGCCCGCCAGCAAGGUCUUGGUACGCCUUUGCUUCUUCACUGACCUCGUUAUUUUUGGCCGUGACCUGACCUCCUGCAGCGUGUGGAGGUCACGUGGCUGGCAUGUGGGUUGAAGCGGGCCCCUGCCUAAUCUACAACAAGGGAGAUUGAACAGGCAAGCAAGGAGGCAAGGCACCCCACAUCUGCUGACCCUGCUGACUACUACAGCUAACUCUUACCACUACUACUACUACAGCAAAGUGGUGAUUAAGUCUGAGAAAUCUCCAUCUGAAAGCCAAACCAAGAAUCAGCUGGGAAAAUGGAUGAGGUGAAGAUUGAGUUCGAUGAGGAUUUUUUACGGAUGUUUGAGUGUGACGAGUGUGGGGAUGUGUUCAGUAGUCACAGCCGCCUCAUCCAGCACACCCUCUACCACAUAGGGGAGGAGGUGUUCUUGUGUGACAUAUGCGAGCAGCUGUUUCAGACCAAGGAAGUGCUGGAUCAACACAUCCUAACACAUAUCCCUGCUAUAACACAUCCCACCUCUACCAUCCCUUGCCCCACCAGUGCCCAUCUCACACAUAACACAGUACAUCCCAUUAUUGAGAUAGCACAUCCCACCACUAAUAUACCAGAUCACACUACUAAAAUAGCACAUCCCCCCACUAGCAAUGAAGAUCCCUCCAUCAUCACAGAACAUCCCACUACUCUUGUAGCACACCCCACCUUUAUCAAAAAACAUCCUUUCAUCAUGAAAGCACAUCCCACCAUUAUCAAAGAACAUCCCUCCAUCAUCAAAGCACAUCCCACCAUUACCACAGCACAUCCCACCACUAACUCAUCAUAUCCUAACUCUAUCACAACACAUCCCACCACUAUCACAGCAUAUCCCACCACUAGCAAAGAACAUCCCUCUAUCAUCACAAAACAACUUUCCACUAUUACAACACAUCCCACCACUAUCACAACACAUCCUACCAUUGUCAAAGAACAUCCCUCCAUCAUCAUAGCACAUCCCACCACUAUCACAACACAUCCCACCAUUAUCAAAGAACAUCCCUCCAUCAUCACAGCACAUCCCACCACUAACCCAGCACAUCCUGCCUCUAUCACACCACUUUCCAACACUAAAACAGCACAUCCCACCACUAGCAAAGAGCAUCCCUCCACAGAACAACCUACCAUUAUCACAACACAUCCCACCAUUAUCAAAGAACAUCCCUCCAUCAUCACAGCACAUCCCACCAUUAUUACAGCACAUUCCACCACUAACCCAGCACAUCCUGCCUCUAUCACAGCACAUCCCACCACUAGCACAACUCAUCCCACCAUCAUCACAGCACAUCCCACAACUAGCACAGCACACCCCACCAUUAUCAGAAAACAUCCCAUAAUCACAGCACAUCCCACCAUUAUCAGAGAAAAUCCCACUGCCAUCACAGCACAGUCCACCACUAUCACAGCACAUCCCACCUUCAUCAGAGAACAUCCUACCCUCAUCACAUGUGGGAAGUUCCUCAACCCAGCAAACCUGAAGGCCCACCGGGCCAAGCACCAAAUGGAAAAGGUCAAGAGGUAUGAGUGUAAGACCUGCUUAGAGAGGUUUGACACUGAGUCUGCCCUCUAUGACCACCUCCAAGUCCACCAAGAGACUUCAUGUAAAAAGUGUAGAGCAGUUCUCCAGACCAAGGACCAACUGGAGAGGCAUGGUUGA